AUGUCCGAAACACCUGGUCCAAUCUUGGUUUAUGAUGGAAAACAUAGAGGUUUUAGGUUGCAAGAAGAUGAAGAAACUGGCAAAAAUCUUUCGCGCUUGUUGAAUAUAUUACGUUCAUAUAAACCUGAAUUAGCUUCCGAACUUCUACGCGCUUUGAGUUCAUUCCCAAGGUUCUUAAAUUGUGUUCAGAAUCAAUAUCUUCUCGACAACUUUGACCCACCAGUAUUUAUUGGAAUCGGUGGUUUUGGAACCGUUUAUAAGUCUAGGCACAAAAUCGAUGGAAAAAUAUACGCAAUCAAAAAGAUUUCCGGUUCACGUUCGAGAGAUGCUCUUGAGCUUGCUCGAUCAGAAGUGUAUACAAUGUCCAGACUUAGACAUAUCAAUGUUGUUAGAUAUAUUACUUCUUGGUUAGAUUAUGAGUGGGUAUCUGUUAAGGAAGAAAAUGAAGGAUAUCCCGGUAACACGACUUCACAACAUUGUCCUAAAUACUACUUAACGCAUACAUCAAGUGAAGUGAACACAGAUUCCGGUGAUUCUCUCCUCCCUGGUAAAUUUUAUGAUGCAUGUAGAUUAACCGAUAAAAAGUCAAGAAACAAUAAUGAAAGGUUAAAUGGGAAAUAUAAUAAGAAAAAGGGUAGAAAUACUUCAAAACUGGAUACAACAAUAACGACAACAAACGAUGAAACAAUGAUUUCAAGUAAACAAAUUGUUCCUGUUAAUAAUUUUAAAACAUCACAUCCUGCUAUGUGUAUUCGACGACCUGUUCUUUGUAUCCAGCUGGAACUUUGUCAGUAUAAUUUAGCCGAUUGGUUACAAUACAGAAAUAAUGUAUACCGUAGUGCAUCUACUAUUCCAAGUAAUCGAUUAGAUAUCCCUCCGUUUACCACAUAUGAAACAAUGCAACGUGCUCCAGUACGUUGGUUAAUGGAUCAAAUGGCAUCAGGAAUUGCUUAUCUACACUCUGAGAAUGUGAUUCAUCGUGAUCUUAAACCCGAAAAUGUUCUAAUCUGUGGACCACCGCUACAUGCGAUUACAGAUAUCCCGUGUACAUGUACUACUGGCAAGCAAUUACAUAACUACCUGUCAGAAAAUGCUACUACCACCACUUCUACUAAUGUUAAUAGUAAUGAAUUCCAUUCAUCCUCUGUAAAAAUGAAUUGUUAUCAUCAAUUAAUUGUAAAAAUAUGUGAUUUUGGUUUGGCAAGAAUAUUAUUAGAUGAUUCCAUUCAUAUGAAAACAUAUCAUGUUGUUACAAAAAAUUAUUCAGAUAAUUUUCAUUUAUAUGACAAUAAGAAAAUACUCCAAGAAAGUGAAUAUAAAUCACGCAUGUAUUCUUCACCUCAAUUACAUUCAACAACAUCAAAUUCAUUAUCAUCAUCUCUAUCAAAUGAUUCUUAUCCUCAUCGAUAUCUGCUGAAUGAUACUCGUCAGUUUUCAAAAACGUCGUUUUUCUUAUCAUCUUCGUCGUCACCAUCAUCUUCGUCAUCAUCAUUAACGUCGUCGACAUCGUCCAGCAAGACUACAGAUUCAGAUAGUUUAAUUCAAUUUAAAAAUCCAUCAGGUAAUUCGUCAAAUAAUUUAUCAGAACAUGAUCAAUGUGUCAAUAACUCAUUAGAUUCUAUGCAUAAUAAACAUGAAAAUCAACUGAAUUCUAACGGAGACUAUAAAGAAGAAGCGGAAGAGCCUUCAACAAAUCAUGAUGAAUAUCCAAAAAAUGGGAUUUCUGACGAAAAGCAUUUACCACUUUCCACCUACAACUUACCAGUACCAACUCCGACAACAGGAAUGGAGACACCGACAAAAGCGCCAAUAUUUUAUUUAACUGCUAAUUUAGGCAGUUCUAUAUACACUGCGCCUGAAGUACAAUAUCAUUGUGGCAGUAAAACAUCACAAAGAACUUUCUAUGACUACAAGGUUGAUAUUUACAGUUUAGGUGUAAUCUACUUUGAAAUGCUACAUCCAUGUUUUACAAAAUCAGAAUUAAUCAAUUAUUUAGAAGAAUUUGUUAGCAAUGCACCACAAGUAGUAGUAAAUCUGUCAGAUCAAUCGUUAAACAACCAUACCGAUCGAUAUGCAAGUAAUUUCCAUUUUAAACGAGGUGGUGCUGGUGGUGAAAUCGAUUAUCUGUUCAAUUUAUUCCCUCGUUCAAUGCAAACAACAUGGCCAUAUGAAAGCCAUUUAGUUGCAAGAAUGUUGAAUCUUUUCGUUCAAUAUCGUCCCAGUGCCAAUGAAAUUGUUGAGAUACUGUCAGUCAAUUCAGAGAUCCCAGAUCUCCGGAGGAAUUAUGUCGGCAGUGGUUAUUCGAUACCUACUACUACUAAUUUCCCCCCCACUAGUAGUACGAAUAGUAGUAGUUCUCAGAAACUUAAAAAUCAACAACAACAACCAUUGGACGACGGUAUCAACGGCAACGCCACCGGUGAAGAAACAGAUCAACCAGUGAAAGACAAUUUCUCAAAUUAUCAAUUAAUUGAUUAUUUAAUAUGGCGUAAUCGUGAAUUAGAACAAGAACUAUGUGAAAUUCGCCAACGUCUUUCUCAAUAUGAAAAAUGUUAA